CGAAAUAUCAAAGAGCGGAAAGUCGCUUUUUUUCUUUUUUUUUCAAUUUAUAAAUAUUUCCUUAGAAAUUAUAAAGCAGACGUAUAUGUGUUAAUCACUCGUUUGCUGUAUUGGUCAUUGGGUUCCAAGGAUUGUCUGUUUCAAGACCCAACCUUUGGAUUCUCUCCUCUCUUCUGUAAUAAUUCCAGAGAGAGGUGAUUAGGAAAGGAGAUGUAUUAUCAGUUGACCAACUCAUCUUACAGAGAUUCUUUGAAGAUUCUUGAGGCUGACAUUGAGCACGCCAAUUCACUGGCUGCUGAGAUUCCAAUGGGAAAGAGCGGUGUGCGACUUCAGAUGAAACUGGUGUGCAGUAACUUGGCUCCUUUCUUCAUAUUCUUGCUACAGUGGAUGGAUAUCUCAUGUCUCCUUCCAAGCUAUUUUGAUUUCUUCUACAUUCUCAUUUACAAGGUAGGUGUUGAUGGACGGUGGAAUCUAUCCAGGUACGGAAGAAAAGCUACAAUCAGGGAGUUUUGCGGUGUUAUAUUACCAUCACUUGAGCGUCUUCACAUAAACUUCGCUGACGAUAGCUUAUGGUAUCCGAAUCCAAAAGCUAUCACCAAGAAGUAUGAUAACAGAUUCAUCAUGUCUACCGUCGACUUGGAAAGAGAAGACGAAUGCGGGAUCUGCUUAGAGCCUUGCACGAAAAUGGUGUUGCCCAACUGUUGCCAUGCCAUGUGCAUCAAAUGUUACCGGAACUGGAACACCGAGUCGGAGUCAUGCCCGUUUUGUAGAGGCAGCAUCAAGAGAGUGAACUCUGAGGAUCUUUGGGUGCUGACUUGCGAUGAAUAUGUGGUGGAUACAGAGACGGUCACGAAGGAGGAUCUUCUUCGGUUCUACCUCCACGUUUAAUAGCCUCCCUAAAGAUUAUCCUGAAGCCGUCUUCCUACUUGACAACGAGUACUUGAUAUGAUUUGGUUACAUGGUGAGGGUGUAGAGAGGGAGAAAGAUCCCAGACCUUUAACUAAGUGUAUAUUAAGAGUCUGGGUGAUCCAAGAUUAUUAUCCUUCAUUUUAGAUUAUGAUGAUAAAAAAUUGUCAUAAUGUGUCACCCUUGUUAUGAAAUAUGAAAGAGAUAUUUCACGUCUUGUUUCUUCUUGACAGCACAAACAUGUUUCAAGAAUCAAAUAUGAGGAUUAGA